UUUUCUUGUUAUCCAAUACAGUUACAGCAGUGGGGGCCCUUAGAAUGCUCGCAAUGCCAAUUUGCAGAGCUAAGAUGUCUAAACUGAUCGGGCCGGACGAACAAGGGAUCCUGUUCGCCUGCAGUGGAUGCAUUCAAAGCGUCGGGACGCUCCUCUCACCAGUGAUCUUUAAUGCCCUUUACCCUUUGACCUUAAACGUGUCAUCUGGAUUCGUCUUCGUUGUCAUGGCAAUGACCUUCAUCAUCCCUAUCGUGAUGACAUUUGCUCUCCAGAUUGACGAUAGAAGAACUGCCAUUAGUUACAUAUCCGUGCAGAGCGAACCGACCAUCGAGUAAUAACCGACAGAAGAACUACUAUUAGUUACGUAUCCGUGCAGAGCGAACCGACCACCGAGUAAUAACCGAGUAAUCCUGAAGAUCAAACCGACCACCGAGUAACCGUGCACCGACUUACCGAUUAGUUACGUAUCCGUGCAGAGUAAACAGACCACCGAGUAAUAACCGAGUAACCGUGCAUCGACUAACCGAAGGCUGACCCCACUGCUUUUACGAUCCGUCUACGUUUUGAAUUUCUAAGAUAUAAGAAGAAG